UCACUUCAGUACGCAAAGAGCCGCAGUACACACACACUGAACGGAGAUUACACAGCUCUCACAUGUGGAUACCGAUCAACACACACGGGAUCCAGGUGUAGAGGGAGAAGGACAGGACCUCAGUCUAUCAAUCUCUGAAGUUGCCCCGAUGCCAGCUCUAUAGGGUAGCCCAACCGUUACGCCGCAGGACAAUAGGAGCCCAACCCAAAGAUCUAUCAAAAAGCAAAUAAUCAAGCUCAUUAGGUCUUUCCCCUAAGUCGACCUUCUCUGAAAAGAUCAACAGAAGAAAGGAAGUUAAAAGGGCCGAAAUAAGGGGGGGAAGAAAAAGAUAAAUGAACACUGUCAGCUAUUUCUGAUACUCUGUGGUGAAGAGAACGUCUCAUUUGAGAUUUGAGACCUUGGAUUUUGACAAAAAGGAUUUCCCCAUGCCCUGCCCUUAUGUAUCCCCUGUUUAAACACUGCAUUUAGGUAUCGAUUUGAUUCCAAAAGCACACAGUGAAGAGGUUAACUGCAAAAAGUUAUUGCAGAUUCUCCAAAUGCCUAAACAUCUACAUUUAUAGGCAUCCUAUAAAUGGAUCCCUAAAGUAAUUUCGCAAAAGCAGUGAAACAGACAUUUCAUUCCUUCUUUUUAGAGGGCAAAGCAACAGCUUUGUCCUUCCAGUUUGGAUGCAUUUUUCCAGAACUCAAAAAUGAAGCCCUUAACUCCCAUUGGUUCGCCUUCACCACUGCGCCUCCUAAACAAGGGGCCUGAUUACCUGCGUAGGCAGAUGGAUGCCGGAAGCAGAGGCCGUUCAAUCAGUGCCGUAGAACGACUUGAAGCUGACAAGGCAAAGUACGUCAAGACACAACAGGUAAUAAACACGAAGCAGGAACCUGUGUUAGUUCCCUGUGCAACCCCUCCACCAGUCCCCCGUCGCAACCUCACAACCUCCACUCCAUCCACACCCAUUCUCCUGCCCCGAAAUCAAAUCGUGCCUUUCUCUGCACCAUCAUUGUCGAGGGAUGAAAAUGAGGAUGACUCCAGGAAAGAGAACUGUCUGAAGAAAUCUGAUGUGGAAACAAAUAACAAUGCAAACAAGCCUCUAGUUGCUUCCCCAAGAACUCCAUUAGUGGCUCCACAUAGUGCACCAAUAAUGCGCAGGAGCAAUGGCAAGCGCAUGCUGCGUCCAGACUCCCUAGUCAUUUACAGACAGAAGAAAGAAUGCAAGAGUCCCGGUGAAAACCUCAACAGUAACAUAGAGGUCAAGGGAUACAGCUUCGUACGACGCCUGUUCCAGGGAUCCAUGCGAGAUAAGAGUAGCGUCAAUGAUGUGGCUCAAAAAAUGGUGAUAAACGAGGAGAAGGCUUCGUCCUCUCGAGACGGGGACUCUCGAAUGUCCUGGUCCAAUGAUAAAGACACUGUUGAUGGUGGAGUCGAGACCAGACGUUCAAGCAAAUCUGAGCGAGAACACUCAUCGGCGGAGAUGCACAACAACAACGAGGAAAAGCAACCAAAGGUUUGUUUACGAAAUAGCACAAGGAACUCUAACAAUAACGACAUGGACCCUUGGAAGCCUGUCGUCCCUUGGAUGCGCUCCAAUAUGAAACGCUCAAAGUCAGAACUGCGACUUCGGUGCUCGCUAGCUAUAUCUGAGCAGGAGCGCUUCUUUGAUUACUGUGGAUUAGACUUGGAUAUGGUAGAGAGGCUCGGACCGGAGAACUUUCUAGCUGGUGCCAGUUCAGUCGACACACUCUCGCUGCUACUGAGGAGCGUCGGAGGUGGCGGAUCGGAGCCUAGUGAGUUUUCCAGACACUCUGGAGAAGGAAUUUUCCAAGAGGAACUUGCAGAGCAGAUUCCGACAGGCGUGUCUAUUAUUGAGAGAAAUGCGCGCGUCAUUAAGUGGCUCUACGGUUGCAGGAGCGCAGCCCAGGAAGGUCCUAAAGAGUCUACUGUUUGACUAUUACUGUAGCUAAAAAGAAGACUUCCAAGAACCACGUUCCAAUAUGGAAAACACUAUGUGAGCUGUAUUUACUUUAUGCAAGACAUCUGGGGCCUGUACCAUGAGGUUGGAUUAGCUGGCUAGCCAGUAAAGUUUCAGUUUAUAUUGCACCAAUAUUGGGUUUUAGGCAUAAUGAAGGCAAGUCAACUUUAAUCACUUUUUGUUGCCAUGGAAUUAUGGAGCAGCUGAACUACCUUCAUGGUACCCAAGACCCAGAAUUGGUGCAAACUAACCUGAAACUUGACUGGCUAGCCAGCUAUUCCUGCUUCAUUGCCCCUGUAUUUCAGAGAUUUGUUUAGCUUUUCUUAUCUUGUACGAGAACAUUGUUGUUUUGUGUAACAGUGUGUUUUCACUGGCAAGUUGCAAUUGCAGAGGAAAGAGCAUUUUCAAUACAUUCAUACCAAGGAUUGAUGCAUGCAGUGCAUUAAGCUCAACUUCCAUAUGAAUGAAUAGAAAAUGAUCGCUCUGCUGAUGUUUUAAUUACCUUGACUGUGGCUUUGUCUGAAAUCACCCCUUAAACCCUUAUUCAUUUAGUUUACUAAUAAAGUCCACUCAAUGGUGUGUUGAUUUAAACAAAUAAGCCAAUGUGGACCCACAAUUUGGCCGCCAACUUCUCAUACUCGCAUUGUGCUCCAUUCAGAAAGGGCUCAUCCCUAUGCCCUACUCCCUUCUAAGGAUAUACCCUCCAGAGUUACAGCAGGAUUAGGGAACUGGGAUGAGCCCUUCUGAAUGGAACGCAUGGCAGACACCAAAAUCUUUCCCUGCGCAAAGGAUCAUGGGGGCCUGAAGUGUCCAUCAGUUGUACUCGUCAAAAUACUUCAUUCUGAAGGGCCCUUUGAAGUGGCCAGUUUUGAGUACUUCGGUUUGAAACAACAUGACAAUAUAUGGGCCAUGAUUGCUUUUACUCCAAAGAGCCCUAUGAAGGGCAAUAUUUAUACUGGGUUCUAUUCAGAAUGGUUCAUCCCUAUGCCCAAACCCAGGGGUGCACAAACUCAGUACUGGAGGUCCGGUGUCCUGCAUAGUUUAGCUCCAACUUUCUUCAACACUGCUGCCUGGAAGUUUGAAGUAUACCAAGAAAGACUUUGAUUAGCUGAUUCAGGUGUGUCUAAUUGGGGUUGUUCUAUACUCUGCCGGACACCGGCCCUCCAGGACCAAUUUUGACUUCUGCCCUAAUCCCUUUGGAGUAUCCGAAUUGAGUGCAGUGUGUGACACCAAACAUCUUCCCUGCUCAAAGGAUCACAGCCUGAAUUGUCCAAUCAGUUGUAUUUUUGAAAAUCCUUAAUUCCAAAGGGCCCUUCGAAGUGGCCAGUUUUGAGCACUUUUGUUUGGAAUGAUACUUUAAUCCCUGAUUUUUGUCCCCCGCUCCAAAGUGCCCUUCAAACAGCAAUAUUUGCACUGGGUUCCAUUCGGAAAAGGUUCAUCCCUAUGCCCUAAUCCCUCUUAUGGGAUUAGAGCAUAGGAAAGAGCCCUUCUGAAUUGACUGCAGUGUGUGACACCAAGGAUCAUGGCCUGAUUUGUCAGUCAGUUCUAAGAUUCAAAAUCAUUCGUUUCAAAGGGCCCAAAUUCAAAACUGGCCACUUUGGUUUGGAAUGCUACUUCAACAUGGUGGCCAAUAAUUUUUUUCACUCCGAAAUGCCCUUCAGAGUGCAAUUAUAUCCCAUUUGUAACACACUGACAGUAUACCAUUUGAAACACACCAUCAGAAAUCAUUCAAAACCGCGCUAUUGGUUUUUAAUGUUGCAAUGCAUUAUGGGAUUGAAUGAGUGGCUUUUUAGUACACUAUAUAAAAGGUAAAUGGGGUGACAGGGAUAAGGCUUUACUGAGGUUAUUAACUGUACAUAGAAAGACACAAGUUCUUGUUACUUCCGUCCGGAGACAAGUGUUAUUUGUUGAGUGUAACUUAAAGAACGCGUCAUCCGAUGAAUAAUUUAACAUUGAAAACCACUAAGCUUUACUCUGGGGCUGGGAAACCAAUGCAUGAGUGUUAAAUGAACCAUGUGUACCUCAUUUCCCAACUGUCCCAGUUUAGUUUGUGUGUUGCUGUUUUUUCCUUAAACGCAGGCGUUGGAACAAACACACAGAGCGCCCCUGUGGGGAUAUUAAUGCACUGAGUUGGAGAAAGAGAGAGGGCGAGAGAGCUUUAUAUACUGCUAUGAAACGUAUUUUUAACACCGAGUGUGUGUGCAAAUAAAUAUGCAGGGCCUUGAAAACAAGCUGAUUUGAAGUUUCAUUGUGCCAAAGAAAUGUGUUGGUGUACAUUCUGUUCCAAACCCUAUCGAGACUCUUUAAAAGAAUGAAGCUCGGAGAGUUUAUGACUUAGUAAAUAAAGCGAAAAAGCAUAUUUUUUAUAAUAAAUAUUUUAGUACAGAACUUUAUUCACAGGUAUUUUUCCUCCUAAAAUAAUGACUAUCAUCAGGGAUUUACAAAAAGACAACAACUAAAGGCUGGUUUUUACUUCUGCAUCAAGUGCAUGCGUAUGGUCCGGUGCAGCCUUCGAGUGGUCGCAUAGCCCUCGCCGUGGCUAACACCGAUGCGCACCUCUCAAGAAAAUGUAACUACACGUCACAACGACGCAUAGUGCAAGCUCUGUGAUUGGUCAGCUUGGUAGCUGUGAUGAGUGUGGGCAGUGCUGAGAGCCGCAAGCUGGAUGGAGUGAGUGUUUACAAGUGCGUAUGGUCCGGUGCAGCCUUCGAGUGGUCGCAUAGCCCUCGCCGUGGCUAACACCGACACGCACCUCUCAAGAAAAUGUAACUACAUGUAACAACGACGCAUAGUGCAAGCUCUGUGAUUGGUCAGCUUGGUAGCUGUGAUGAGUGUGUACAGUGCUGAGAGCCGCAAGCCUGAUGGAGCAAGUGUUUACAAGUGUCGAGUCCCGUGAUGGAGCUCCAUAUGGAGACUUUUGUUUUUGCGUUCUCCUUAUGAUUAAAGUUGUAGCAUGUCUGCCAGUUCCCGCCUCUGAAUGAGCGAGUUUUAGCUACUUGUACAUCAAGGUAGCGUUCGGAAAAAACAUCCGCAAAGAAACUCAAUAUAGAGGAACCUAACAUAACAUAAACUACUGCCAGCUAGUGUUUCGGAAGUGUUACUGUAUAGCAACACAAACAGCACGCAGAAGUAUAAAUGCACGACUAUGCACAAGGCAGGCAGCCUGGGUCAUGCCAAUCACUUGAAGCAGAAAUAUAAAUCUGCCUUAAUGCAGACGCUGACGCAAUGACAUGCAGUGCAAGCUCUGUGAUUGGUCAGGCUGGUAGCUGUAAUGUGGGCGGUGCUAAAAGCCACGAGCCAGAUCGAGCGAGUGUUUACAAGUGUCAAGUCUGUGAUGGAGAUCCAUAUGGAGACUUUUGUUUGUGUUUAUCUUAUGAUUAAAGUUGUUGCCCAUCUGCCGGUUCUUACUUCUCAAUGAGCAGUUUAACUACUUGUACUUUAAGGUAGCGAUCAGAAAAAACAAAACACCCAUGAAGAAACUUGACACAGAGGAAAACAACAACCUACUGCCAGCUAGUGUUUCGGAAGUGUUAUUGCAGAGCAACACAAACAGCACACAGAAGUAUAAAUGCACAACUAUGCACAAGGCAGGGACUGUGGGUUAUGCCAAAUCACUCGACGCAGAAGUUUAAACCAGCCAUAAGAUGUGAUUAGUGUAAUAAUACCUUAUAUACAGUGUUCAGCAUAAAUGAGUACAAAACAAUUUAUCCAUUUCUCAAUGAAUAUAAACAAUAUAUUGUGGUGCAUUUCAACAAAACAGUUCUAUUUUAUAUAU